AUGGAUAAUACAAACAACACUUCUUUUUGCUACGACAAUAACAACAACAACAAAGUAAAACAAGAUAAUAAUACUAGUAGUUAUUAUUAUGUUGAUGAUCAUGGUUCUCAUAUGAUGAUGAUGAUGGGUUCAUCAUAUUCAUGGCCACCAAGGUCAUACACAUGCAGUUUUCGCAAGAGGGAGUUUAGAUCUGCUCAAGCACUUGGAGGACAUAUGAAUGUCCAUAGAAGAGAUAGAGCUCAACUAGUAUUCAGGCUACGAACACUUAAUCAUUUCCCCAUGAGACCUAAUAAUCUUCCUAUUAUUAUCUCUAAUAAUAAUAAUACUAAUACCAUUAAUCUUAAUCUUCCUCCAUCAACACCAUCUACACCCAUUAGAAGAUUGACGAUUAAAGUAGCAGACACUGAUACUGACAAGGUUUCAAUUGUGUAA